AUGCCUUCCCUUCAAGAAAGCAAGCUCGCCUUCAUUGGUGGAGGCAACAUGGCCUCUGCUAUUAUCGGUGGCCUGGUUAGCAAGGGCGUCAACAAGCAAAACAUCUGUGUCUCAGAGCCCUGGGACGUCAACCGGGACAAGCUUGCCGCGGUCGGCGUGCGGACAACCACUGUCAACUCCGAGGCGGGUGCAGAUGCAGAUAUCGUCAUCAUCGCCGUCAAGCCCCAGGUCACCAAGGGCGUGUGUGAGGAGCUCGGGGCUUCUUGGACGCAGCGUCAGACACUCCCCGUCGUUGUCAGCAUCGCAGCGGGUAUCACCCUCAACAGUCUACAGGAAUGGUCUCGGACCAGCGAUGGCCGGUCUGCACAUGUCGUCCGCGUGAUGCCUAACACUCCGGCAUUGGUGGGCGAGGGUGCCUCAGGCGCUUUUGCAAGUCUGGAUGUGACUGCCGCAGAGAAGGAUCUGGUCAACUCUCUGCUGAGCAGUGUUAGCAAGGCCACCGAGUGGGUGGAUAAGGAAGAGCUUCUGGAUGUCGUGACUGGCUUGUCUGGCUCUGGCCCUGCUUAUUUCUUCGCCAUGGUUGAGCAUCUCGUUGCCAGCGCCACUUCUUUGGGCCUCUCCCAAGAACAGGCUACUCGUCUAGCCACGCAAACCUGUCUCGGUGCCGGUAAGAUGCUCGUCGAGUCUUCGGAUGAGCCCGGCCAGCUGCGCAAGAAUGUCACCAGCCCCAAUGGCACCACAUAUGCUGCCCUCCAGACGUUCGAGGCCCUUGGAUUCAAAGAGAUCGUCGACCAGGCUGUCAAGGCUGCCACUUCCCGGGCCGCUGAGUUGGGUAACACACUUGCGAAGUAG